AUGGUUAGAAUGGGAAGUGGCUUGAGGAAGAGGCCACACUUUGGACAAACAGUGGUUGAUGGCAAAUUGAACAGUGCUGGCGACGGACACGGUAAUUAUCUGAGCUCUAGCGCAUUUGUUGACGCAGCCAAGGCAGACGGAGUAACAAAGUGGUUUGAUAAUGUCUAUGAUGUGACUAUUGUGAAGAUAGAUCUUGCUAACUCAGAUGCGUUUUCUCCGGCUAAACUCGAAUUUUCCAGUAAAGUUCGGGUCGGUGAUUUGGUCUUCACCUAUGGUUUUCCUCAAUGUUACCCUAGAAGCUUAUCGAUGGGUAUUAUCAGGUAA